UGGAACUCUGAGCUUGCAAGACAGGAGCCUCAUUUAUCUCGAGCCAGGACCCCAGAAGCGACUUUUGCUUUCUCUUACAGAAACAGUGCCAGCUAAUAGGAUGGCUCAGACAAACCCUCUACCUGGGCCUCUAGGGCCAUGGAAGGUAACCAUCUAUGACCAGGAGAACUUCCAGGGCAAGAGGGUGGAGUUCACGGGCCCCUGUCCCAAUGUCUCCGAGUGCAGCUUUGACAACAUCCGCUCCCUGAAGGUGGAAUGUGGCGCAUGGGUGGGUUACGAACACACAAGCUUCUGUGGGCAGCAGUUUGUCCUGGAGAGGGGAGAAUACCCACGCUGGGAAGCCUGGAGCGGGAGCAAUGCCUACCACGUGGAGCGUCUCAUGUCCUUUCGCCCAAUCUGCUCCGCGAACCAUAAGGAAUCCAAGAUCAUGAUCUUUGAGAAAGAAAACUUUAUUGGCCGCCAGUGGGAGAUAUGCGAUGACUACCCCUCCUUGCAGGCCAUGGGCUGGUGCAACAAUGAAGUUGGUUCCAUGAAGAUACAGUGUGGAGCAUGGGUCUGCUACCAAUAUCCUGGAUACCGUGGGUACCAGUAUAUCUUGGAGUGUGAUCACCAUGGAGGAGACUAUAAGCACUGGAGAGAAUGGGGCUCUCAUGCCCAGACUUCCCAGAUUCAGUCAAUCCGCCGCAUCCAGCAGUAAGGUUCCCUGAAACAAGGGAAGUUACCAGUAAUCUAAAACCAUUCUAUUACUUGCUUUGAAAAGAAUUAAUGGGUUUCAUUGUACUGCUCAUAAGCCAUCACUUUUGAUUGUGAACUACUAAAAAUUCUCAAUAAAUGUCAUUAAAAGAAAAAAUAAAGACCAAAGUUUGCAGGG